AAGGGCCCCGGGAAUGUGGUGGGGCUGGGCCGCUGAGCAUGGUCGGACUCUGAAGGGGAGCGGCCGCCGUGAGUGUGGGGCCUGCAGCCGUGUCCUCCCCCGCGUCCCCUGCCCGGCCCGCCGCGGGCGAGGCCACUGACGGCUCCGGUCCCAGCCAGGCCCAGUGCGUCCACGCCUGCCGCGCUCUAAAGACCCGAGAACCUUGGAUAAUUUUGCCCUGGGUUGGCAACUUGGGCUUGAGGGCCUUCAAGAAGGGGGCCUCAAGGAGGUGUCAGGAGGUCCCUCUCUGCUGAAUACGCCCCCUCCGCUCAUUCCUUCAACUUCCUUUGACCUCCUCCUCAUCUUUCCUCCUCAGUCCUUUAUGCCACCUUUCCCCUUUUUUGCGGACGCCCCACCUCCUCUUUGGAGUGUUGCUCAGCCCUCUAGUACCAGGCACCGCUCCCUGGCCUUGGGGAGGGGGUUCCUUUCUCGACCCUACAGAUCCUCUCCCCAGAGGAACUGAGGUGCAACAAGCUUCAGUUAGCUUUAAUGGGCUCUGGGUCGAGUUUACUAAUUAGGCAACCUGGGGAGGUUUUAGAUUUGCUUAGCGGCUUUAUGAGCCUCUGAAACGGCUUUGGGGGAGAUGGAAUGCCUCUGCAUCUCUGGUAGUCUGCACAGCUUUUGUACCGUUGGUGAGGGUGUUUAGAGAGGAAGCUUGGGGGAAGUGCGACCGAGAUAGAACUGGCCAAGCGAAGCCUCUCUGAGGGAGGGCUUGGAAUGGAAAACAGAAAAACAGUGGAUAGACAAAUGAAACACGUGUGAGAAUUUCUGGGCAGAUCAGAAUCCUGACUGAAGCAAAAGAUCUCUGGUGGGAAGGAGUAAGGUUUAAGACUGAAAAGACAAAAUAGGGCCAGUUGACAUAGGGCCUUGAAUUCCAAAACGGAUUCUACUCUAGUUUGUAUGUUCUAAAAUACACUUGCUAGAGUGUGCUGUUAUUCAGUGUGUAACAAAUACCCAGAUUCUUUUUGAAAAUGAUGUAGAGUGAUACCCUGUUGGGAGUUGGAAUCUGUUUCUAACAGCGACAGUAUCUAGAAAGAUUGUAGAAUUACUGCAGUUUGAAACACGGGGACAGAAAACUCUUAGGUUUUUUGUUGGUCUGGUUUUUUUUUUGCUUUUUUUUUUUUUUUGCCUUCCAAGUUACCUUUGUGCCCUUUUGUUAUUUGAAGAGUGCUUAGUCUUUGAAGAUAGAUAUGAGUAAAUUGUUUUUUAGAUCUAAAUUCCUUACCCUGACAUGAUGAAUGAUGUUGCGGAUUGACUGAACUUCUUGGUCCUGAUGUCUGACCAUGGAGAUGUGAGCCUUCCACCCGAAGACCGGGUGAGGGCCCUCUCCCAGAUGGGUAGCGCAGUGGAGAUAAAUGAAGACAUUCCACCUCGACGGUACUUCCGCUCUGGAGUCGAGAUUAUCCGAAUGGCAUCCAUUUACUCUGAGGAAGGCAACAUUGAACAUGCCUUCAUCCUCUAUAACAAGUAUAUCACGCUUUUUAUUGAGAAACUCCCAAAGCAUCGAGAUUACAAAUCGGCUGUCAUUCCUGAAAAGAAAGACACAGUAAAGAAGUUAAAGGAGAUUGCAUUUCCCAAAGCAGAAGAGCUGAAGGAAGAGCUAUUAAAACGAUAUACCAAAGAAUAUACAGAAUAUAAUGAAGAAAAGAAGAGGGAAGCGGAAGAGCUCGCCCGGAGCGUGGCCAUGCGGCAGGAGCUGGAGAAGGAGCGGCAGCGGGUGGCGCAGCAGAAGCAGCAGCAGUUGGAGCAGGAGCAGUUCCAUGCCUUUGAGGUGAUGAUCCGGAACCAGGAGCUGGAAAAGGAGCGGCUCAAAAUCGUGCAGGAGUUUGGGAAGGUGGACCCUGGCCUAGGUGGCCCCCUGGUGCCGGACUUGGAGAAGCCCUCCCCAGCCGCGUUCCCCCCGGCACCUGUGGCAUCCGCGCAGUCUACGGACUGUAAUACGGCCGUGAAGCCUGCCAGGCCACCCGUGGUGGACAGGUCCUUGAAACCUGGAGCGCUGACCAACUCAGAAAGUACUCCUACAAUCGACGGACUGCGCCAUGUGGUGGUGCCUGAGAGGCUCUGCCCGCAGUUUCUCCAGCUAGCCAGUGCCAACACAGCCCGAGGAGUAGAGACAUGUGGAAUUCUCUGUGGAAAACUGAUGAGGAAUGAGUUUACCAUUACCCAUGUUCUCAUCCCCAAGCAAAGUGCCGGGUCUGAUUAUUGCCACACCGAGAACGAAGAAGAGCUCUUCCUCAUACAGGAUCAGCAGAGUCUCAUCACACUGGGCUGGAUCCACACUCAUCCCACACAGACUGCCUUCCUCUCCAGUGUUGACCUACACACUCAUUGCUCCUACCAGAUGAUGUUGCCGGAGUCAAUAGCCAUUGUUUGCUCCCCCAAGUUCCAGGAAACUGGAUUCUUUAAACUAACUGACCAUGGGCUAGAGGAGAUUUCUUCCUGUCGCCAGAAAGGAUUUCAUCCACACAGCAAGGAUCCGCCUCUCUUCUGUAGCUGCAAUCAUGUGACCGUUGUGGACAGAGCAGUGACCAUCACAGACCUUCGAUGAGAAUUUGACUUGAACACUUCCCAAGACUAUACAACCAUAUCAGUGUACUGUAGUCCCUUAAUUUAAACUUUCCAGAAAGCUCUGGAAGCUUUUUUAGACAGAAUUGAAAGUGAGUAUCACCUGGGGGAGAACUGAUUUUCUAUUUCUGGUUUAAAAAGAAAUAAUUGGCUGUAUUUUUUAGGCAAGUGUGGAAAAUAGCAUGAUGAUGCUAAGAGAACUUUUCGGUCUGUCUGCAAUUGUAAGUUGAAAGAAUGGUAUAAUGAACAUUUAAUCUAUACUCUUUGUUCUAGAUUCACCAGUUGUUAACAUUUUUUUUCCUCUAAGCUAUCCUCCUAAUUUCUCCACCAAUUUGUUUAUUGUUUGUCUUUGGAAUUAUUAAGGGCAUCUAUGCAGAAAUUUGGAAACCAUUCAGAAAAUCUUUGAGUUUUCCUGUGGUUUGUGACAAUAUUAAUGAAGCUUAUUACAAGGGUGAGGGAUAGCUCACUAUGUCUGACCAGAUGGUGAGGCCCGAAAACCCUGAAGGAUGAUUUUGUCAGGAAGUAUUGUUAUUUAACAAAUAUUUCAGGAUAUUUUUUUCCUCUACAAUAAAAUAACAAUUAACAUA